ACUUAAGUUGUCAUAGUAUAUCCUUACAAGACCUCCGAGCCACAUAGACAUCCAAAUUGUUAGGGCAAAUAUGAUAUAACUUCACCUCCAUUUCAAUGGAGCUUUCUAUUUCCAGAAGCUUCCAACACUCUAUAUUUCGGCCCUCACUGUGCCCAAUUGCCUCAGAACAUACUUACAGAGCCUGUGUCUAUAGUUACAGGAGUAGCAGACACAGAUUGAAGUGUAAUUCGAAGCCUCUGAGAUUUAAAUUGAGUUUGGAACAGAAUUGCUCAAAUUGUGGUGUUGAGAGUGUGUGGGAGGACUGUAGGUUUGUUGAGGUGAUUGCGAUUGGGAGUCGGAGAGAUGCUGUGCUUGAUUUUUGCUUGGAUUCGCCUCUUUUGGGUUCCGCGCUGCGGUUGUGGGACAUAAGUCUGAAAGAUUCAGUAAAUGUUGAGUUGCAACAAAGGGUCCUUGAAAAAGAUAUCCCACCCUGUAUACUGGACACUCCAUCAACCUUGCAGUCACGUUCUAAAGCAAUUAUACUUGUAGCUGGUGCUGCUUAUGGCUCAGAGUAUAGGGUGGUACUCGAUAUCCUUAAGACAGUAAAGUCUGCUAAUGGUUUAGUUUUUGGUAUUAUUCUGAAGCCUUUCAGCUUUGAAGGGCGAAGGCGCAGAAAUGAGGUGAUAGAGUUGGCCGAUAAACUUCAGGAGCACACAAAUUUCUGUAUCAUGGUUGAUACUGACACACUUCUUGAGAAAGAUGCGUUAACCUUGGAUGAGGCUUUGAAAACUGCUAAUAAUGCUAUUCUGACAGCCAUUAAUGCCAUCUCCGUUCUUGUAUCGGAUGUGCAUAGAAAAUUUCUUGACGUACCUAAUGGUACUAUGAAAGAACUUGAAGUUUCAGAACUGAAAAAAUUUCUAGGAGCAUAUCAAGAUGCAAAAAUUGGAUUUGGAAGUGCUUACAACAUUAAAACUUCAAUCAUGCGAUCUUUAUACGAAUGCCCUUUCCUUGCCGUAGGUGUCAAGGAUCUAGGAACCGUUGCUCUUUGCCUCACAAGUUCGGGUGCUGUUAAAAGCAAUGAUGUUCAAUCUGUUUUGCGUUUAUUUCGUCAAACUUCAGAAUUCAGGGGUGCAGUCAUAAUGUCUAUUGUCCAUGAACCCAAGAUGGAACCCAACCUAAUAGCAACGACAGUUGUUAAUUUAGGUUAUGCUAAAGAUGUGGAAUCAGUUAAAGGGGGUAUCUUCUCUAGAUUGGUCCAACAUUUUCCUUCCAUUUUCAAUUUGUGGGCGAAACGCGAACCGCAAUCUAUUAACACCGAACAAUGUGAUUUGCCUGAAGACGGACAUUUCUCUAAGGUGAUACCUUCACCAGAUCUUUAUGACAUGCCAAGUAUGACCUCUGCAAAUGAUACAGCUGAGGAUGUUGACUCUUUUGAAGUCAAUACACUGUUGAGGAGCAAAGAUGAUGAUAAAAUUUAUAUGUCGAGGGGUUAUGGCAGUAGUCCCGGACAAAGCAAAAUUAGAAAUUCAGAAGGAGAUUCUAGUCCUAGUUCUUCCAUGUCUGCUGAUCCAAGUACUAAAGCAUCAGGAUCACCUAUUUUCCAGAGAGAACGGCUGCUCAGCAGACAUAAUAUAGGGGCAGGAUAUGCACAGGACUGGGCCAUUGAAGAAGCUGUUGGUAAUUCUGUUUCUGCUUCAGUGCUUGACAGUCUGGGCAUCUUCAAACUCCCGAUAGGCGUAAAACCUUCGGAAGAGUUAAAAGAAGAUAGGUCUAUCACUUUUAAUCGUGCAGAGAAAGAAGAUAUAUUAGAUGCUGAAAUGAAGCCUCAGCCUCAAGUUAGCCCUAUUGUACCUUGGGAUGCAUUGACCGAUGCUAGUUAUGAAGCUGUUACCGAUUUAUACAGUAAUGCUUCUGCAAUAUUGAAAGGAAACAAUGCUGAUGUUUCUAAGAAGCAGGGAAAUCUUUCGGCUCGUGCAGCAUCCAUGCUGGAAUCUGAACGAGAGUCUUCUAAAAAGUGGAGUCCUGUAGUGGAGAUUAAAUACAGAGGGGGUUCGUACAUGGGCCGUUGCCAAGGCGGUCUUCCUGAAGGCAAGGGGCGCCUUUCUCAUGGGGAUGGGAGCACAUAUGAUGGAAUGUGGCGCUAUGGUAAGAGGUCAGGAUUGGGUACAUUCUGCUUUAGUAAUGGUGAUGUUUUUCGUGGACCAUGGAGAGAUGAUCUCAUGCAUGGAAAGGGAUGGUUAUAUUUUCACACUGGGGAUAGAUGGUUUGUGAACUUCUGGAAGGGAAAGGCCAAUGGGGAAGGGCGCUUUUAUUCGAGGAACGGUGAAAUAUUUUUUGGUCAUUUCAAGGAUGGAUGGAGACAUGGUGAAUUUCUUUGUAUUGAUGUCGAUGGGGAAAGGUGUCUUGAGAUUUGGGAGGAAGGUAUCCUUGUGAGCAGGAAACACAUGGACUCUGAUUCGGAUUAAACCUUUUUGGCAACAGCAUUGUAUUUUUAUAUUAUUGUAAUUCUAGGCUAGUGAAUCAUAGGCUUGAAACGAAUUUGCAUGACGCUGCUAAAUUGUACAGUAGUUACGUAUGUGGACGUCCUAUCCGUUUAUAUAAUUGGCACUAUACUCUUCUUCUCAACCAUUAUUGUACUGGGUUUUUUGUUA